AUGUCCCUUUCUCACUUGUGUACCACACCCAUUUGCUCUUCAAUCACCUCUAACAAUCCUCUUCGAAGUGCUUCGACCAAACUUAGCACCCCAUCAGUUCGUCUAUCAAACCCUACUGCUACCAUCUCAUGUGAACACAACAAACAAACCAGCAGGAAUGAAGCUAGCAAUGUAACUCAGCAUGUCGUUGAUAGAAGAAAUGUCCUCUUAGGGUUAGGAGGAUUGUAUGGUGCCGCUGGCGCUUCUAUUGGUGCUCCGUUAACGCCUCCUGACUUAACAAAGUGUCACAAAGCAACGGAUCAAAAUACUACCCCGCAUGAGGUGGACUGUUGUCCACCUGAUUAUGGUACAGCAAAAAUGGUUGAUUUCACACCACCUUCUCCUAAUGAUCCAUUACGAGUUCGGAAAGCAGCCCACAAAUAUAAUCUCGACGAUAUUGCGAAAUUUGAAGCAGCUGUCGCUAAGAUGAAGGCUUUACCAACCAAUCAUCCGUGGAACUACUAUCAACAAGCUACCAUUCAUUGUACUUACUGCAAUGGUGCCUUUAAUCAGUUGAAUACUAAAACUUUACUUCAAGUUCAUGGAAGAAUGUACAUGCCCCCGAUGUACUUAAAUGAGAAAUCACCUCUUUUCUAUGAAAUUCGUAACAAAAAUCAUUAUAAGUCGGUGUUGGAUUACAAUUAUUCUAUGGGUGCCGAUAUUCCUACGGACACCAAGGCUGUGGUUACUAAUAAUGAUGAUGAUGAUGAUGAUGACGAAGAUGAAGAAUAA